AUGAGGUCCUGCCUGUGGAGGUUCGGCCGCCUGGGCCAAGGUCUCCAGUGGUCCUUGCUCCUGGCCGUGCUGAUCUUCCUCCUCUUCGCCUUGCCCUCCUUUAUCAAGGAGCCUAGCACCAGGCCGUCCAGGUAUCAGUCCAGAGAGAAUCUUAAAGAGAGAGCUGCAGAGUCACCACAAAAGGCUACGUCCGGGGCACCCACUGUGGGCGGGAGGACAACUGGCUAUGUGGAGUCCGAGCCAGAGAACAGUGCCCUUGACACGCAGCGCCAGCCCACAGCCCCCGCCGGGGCAGACAGCAGGACAGACGCCAGCAAGGCACCCCGCAGGGAGCGGGGCAGAGUGGCCAGCACCGCACAGACGGCAUUACCAAAGAGGCAGGAAAAAGAGAAAACCGUGGCUGGCACACCCAAAGGUCCGGACUCUGGGACAGAGGCCCCAUCACUGAAGAGUCGGGUCACAAAGACGACCAGAGGAAGCGGGGGCCAGACCAGGAAGGUGACUGCCACAAGGACAGCGUUGGCUCAGGGCAAAGCAGUCACCACCGCUAAGACACCCAUUCCAGACAGGCAGGGCACACUACUGCCCACCACGGGAGCAGUGUUGACGACGAGACAGAGAGGAGUGACCACAGCAGCCGUCCCGCCCACGAAGAAGAAGGCUCAGGUCACCCCACCCGCCACCCUUCUCCAGAGCGGCACCACACGGACAACCCAGAGACAAAGGCUGAAGGCCUCCAACUUCAAGGCCGAGCCCCGGUGGGAUUUCGAGGAGAAAUACAGCAUGGAGAAGGGGGGUCUUCAGACGACCUGCACGGACUCUGUGAAGGUCAAAGCCUCCAAGUCGCCGUGGCUCCGGAACCUCUUUCUGCCCAACCUCACCCUCUUCCUGGACUCCAGCCACUUCAACCAGAGCGAGUGGGAGCGCCUGGAACACUUUGCACCGCCCUUUGGCUUCAUGGAGCUCAAGCACUCCUUGGUGCAGAAGGUGGUCACACGCUUCCCUCCCGUGGGCCAGCAGCAGCUGCUCCUGGCCGGCCUCCCUCCUGGGAGCUCCGGGUGCGUCACGUGUGCCGUGGUGGGCAACGGGGGCAUCCUGAACAACUCCCGCGUGGGCCAGGAGAUAGACAGCCAUGACUACGUGUUCCGACUGAGCGGGGCUGUCAUUAAAGGCUACGAACAGGAUGUGGGUACUCGGACGUCCUUCUACGGCUUUACUGCCUUCUCCGUGACCCAGUCACUUCUCAUCCUGGGCAACCGGGGUUUCCGGAACGUGCCUCUGGGGAAGGACAUCCGCUACCUGCACUUCCUGGAAGGCACCCGUGACUACGAGUGGCUGGAAGCGCUGCUUCUGAAUCAGACCGUGAGGUCGAAGAAUCUUUUCGGGUUCAGGCACAGGCCCCAGGAAGUAUUCCGGGAAGACUUGCAAUUGGACAGAUACCUGUUGCUGCACCCGGACUUUCUCCGAUACAUGAAGAACAGGUUUCUGAGGUCUAAGACCCUGGACACUGUCCACUGGAGAAUAUACCGCCCCACCACUGGGGCCCUCCUGCUGCUCACUGCCCUUCACCUCUGUGACCAGGUGAGUGCCUAUGGCUUCAUCACCAAGGGCCACGAGCGCUUUUCUGAUCACUACUAUGAUAAGUCAUGGAAAAAACUGAUCUUUUACAUAAACCAUGACUUCAAGUUAGAGCGAGAAGUCUGGAAGCGGCUACAUGAUGAAGGUAUAAUCCGGCUGUACCAGCGUCCGGAAACCGCCAAAGCGAAGAACUGA